AUGAAUAGCGGGAAGAGAGAAGUGUUGAUGUCAUUUUUGCACAUUUGGUUAUCAUUGUUAUCAUCCUUUUCGAGUUUGUUUUUUGGCUCAUUUUCGUCGUUUCUGUCCGGACUAUCGAUUUGUCUGCAGGGAUUUUUGAACCAGAUUCACUCAGUGCACAUGCUUUCAGCCAUAAGACCACGAAGGUCUUAUCAUCACUUCAAGUGCAGUGGUCCUGCCCGAUACAACUUCCUGGAGUCAUGGUCAGUUGAGGCGUCGAAACGUUUUGGCCACUCGACUCAGGUUCUCUUAGCUCUCCCACUAGAUGUCAAGCUCAAGCUCUUCGACCCAGUCUACUUGGCAACUUCUCAUUGGUCAGUCUUGGCCACUCAUAUCAACUCAAUCAGUCCCCUGAUCCUCAGCCAGUCGUUUGGUAGCUUUAAGGACAUGAUCUGGGUUGACAGGCUUGACCUGGGAUAUAUAAAGAAACGCCAUGUCAAGUGGAAGUACAAAAUCAACACAAUCAAAAGGAUACAACUUGUACAACUAAUUUGCUACUCUAGUCAGUCCUCAGAGGUUCCAGUUUUCGACAUUAAUCAAAUGACCAAUAGAGUUGAGGUCAAUAGGGUUAAUAGUAGCACAGGAUUAGAGGGGCAAGUGAGUAUAAUAAUAUAUGAUACUGAGGAUGAAAACAGUCCAGAUAAUUACAGAAGUAACAAUAUAAACCAUCCAAAAAACGAUAUAAUAUUGCCUAUGAAGGUUGGAAAGAAAAUGAUAGGGAAGACGAUGUACUUUAUGAGAAUUAUAUUUUCAGAAGCUGGACGUCUAGGCCAGUUCAACUUGAAGAAAAAUCUGCCUGCAAAAGUUCAGAAUAUGCUCGAGAACCCAAACUUUCUGGACGAUUUUCAAAUCGACCAUACCGACGUACACGAGCAGAUUCACAGAAACAUGAAAGAAAUUAGAAAUAAACUAAAGAAAAAAAUGUCAAUAGUCAAUCAAAUGGGUUUGGUUAAUAGUGGAGAAGGGUUAGAAGAAAUUAGAAUUGAACCAGAUUAUAACAGUAGUGGUUACCUGGGUGCUAAGAGGAGGUUUAGCAGGGGUUUAAGAAGAGUUGAACCCUGUUUAAGAAUGUACCAGUUUGAUAAUGACAUGGAAAUUCCAACAGUUGAUGAUUAUUUGAGACAAAAGAUUGAAUACAUAGAUGUUGAUCUGGGUGAAAGGGAUUUCAUUAAAACUAAAUUCCCAAUUAAUUACGGAAUCGACGAUACUCUGUUAAAUAUUAAAAAUAUUCUAGAAUAUGAUCGAAAGAGUAGUAAAAUGUACAAUAGUCUGCUAAAUGUUAAAAAUAAUGUAGAAUAUAUGAAGAGUAGGUAUGGAAUGAAAGAAGGUAAAGAGGAAGAAGAAGUAGUAGAGAUUGUAAGAAUGCCAAAUUUAGAAACAGGCAAAUUGUAUUUUACUCUUUUAACUUCAGUUAUAAGGGAAGUAGCUCUUUAA